AUGGUCAGUUUACGGAACUCCAAGUAUGACGUCACCAGCAAGGUCGGCACUGCCCUGAACGAUGCCCUGGAGAAGGGCGACAGCGAGACCACCUCCUCCGUGAAGGGCUCCCUGGACACCGUGGGCGAGGCCAUCAACAGCUUCGACAAGGACGUUGGCAUCAAGGACACCCUCGGCUCGCUCAUCCUUUCCGGCACGGACCUCGCGAGCCAGCUGGCGACCAAGGUCGUGGAGCUGAACGACCAGUACAAGGUCACUGAUCAGAUCAAGUCCAAGAUCGACGAGUCCCUGGAGACCUCCAAGAGCAGCUAA